CUUCAUACGGCUAUCUACCGGCUGUCAUCGCGAGCCAUGGAGGACACGGGGUGGCAAAGCAGGCUUUGCCUGCAGCUGUGUGCGCCCCCCAUUCCUCGGCUUUUCUUCCGCCGGACAGCAUGGACCACUGAGCAGCUUGCGCUGCUUGAGAAGCAGGCUUGGCUAUGCUUUUUGUUAGGUUUCUUUCGCUCGUAUUUGAACUCAAACUUCUUCCUGGGAGAUUUCAUGGGCGGAGGUACCGACCUCUUUGCCGCCCUUUUGGCCAUCUUCGGGAUCUACAACGUUUGCUCCAUGAACGGUUCUUUCCUCAUCAUGUUCCUGGUCUGGGCGUCCGCCAACAUUGUCCUCUUUAAUUUGUUUUUGUCCUUGACCCCGAACCUGCUCUAUGGCGGAGCGUUCAAGGUGGCGCCCUGUGCGUCCACCGUGGACAACUUGCUGAUGGUCUUCAACUCCAUUCUUCAGGCGCAGAUGUGUUGGCGGGCGAGGCAGAUAUUAGAUGAGGCUUUGCCCAACUGGCGACACCAGAUGACCGGCACCGGUGACGCGACGUUGACGGACUUUGACAACCGCGCCUCCGCCGAGCCCUUCUUGCAGGCUGAUGCACCCAGCGCGCCUCAAGGACCCAGCCGCUUCCAAGCCUUUGGUGGUGGCGGGCAACGCUUGGGAUCCUGAUCCGAGCGGCGAAAAAAAUGGCUGUUGCGCGCUGCGCUGCUGGAUUCAGAGGAGUCCUUCGUCGCUGCUAAAUACAGAUGGAAUCUGCCCGUCUUUGAAUUUGUAUCUCAAAUUAGUCUUCCGU